AGCUGGAUGGUGAUAGUGACAAGAGAGCUCUCACCUCUCCAGGAAACAAAUCUUAUUUAACGCUCUUUUUUGCGUUUUGGGUGUUUUCAAAGCUACGGAGAGCGACUGUACGGAUUGACAUGACUUUAACGUACAUUUACUGAAUGUAUAGCCAUUUCCGGAGGAUAUUGCGGGUGCCUGGACCUUAAUGGCAAGUUAGCCAGCCUUGUUUCGUUUACCAUGUGGGCGUAAACCUUCCCAGAAGAUGUCAUGCUAGCUACACAGAUGCCAGAUACGCCACCUGAGGCUAAAGAUGUCAAACAGAUCAAAGAUAAGCUGGCACAGUCACUCAAGGCCCUUCAGAAGCGAUAUGUGACGUCAGAUGCAGUGGUCACCAGCGAGGACAGCGAUGCUAACCUGCUCUGCUGUGCGCUGGAGGCCAUCUUCAUCCACGGUAUCAAGAGCAAGUACGUCCGCUCUGAGGCUGGGGGCCGGAGUCGGAAGGGAGGCAGAUGUCCGCUCCCACAGCCUUUCUUCUGGAGCCUCCUCAAGACCGUCACCCAUCGUGAUGUGGUCACUGAGCUGGAGAAGAUCAGCUUCGUGGGAAGAGUGGGUCGCUGCCGAGCGUGGCUGCGGCUGGCCCUCAACCACGGCCUGCUGGAGUGCUACUUAGCAUCGCUGUUUCGUGAGGGCUCCAAGCUGCGGGGCCACUACCAGCCCAGUGCCUUGCUCCUGAACACCGAGGAGCGGGAAGUCCUGCUCAGCUACCUCCAGGGUCUCGCCUCUCUUACGUUCAACCUAUCCUACAAGUCUGCUGUCCUCAACGAAUGGACCACCACGCCUCUGGCUCUCGCCGGACUCUGCCCCAUGUCCCAGGCGGACACGGUCGAACUGCCCCUCAACGGCGUAGACCACCCCACCGCCAAAUCUGUAAACAAAGAAUGGGAUACAGUGUCGCAGUCGUCAGGCUCUUCAGAUGCACAGGAUAUGCAGAGAGGGUGCCCAGGGAAAGGCACAGUGGUAUUACAAGGGGACAGGAAUGCAAUGAACUCGUCAAAUUUAAGCCUGGACACCACGGGCUCCUCGCAGCUCUCCUCCAGCCUGAGCUCUGACAGCCUGCUGCAGGGGCAGGACCGCAGCCCCACAGGAGAGCCCUGGUCCUCAUACGACCUGGACAUGCCCAUAAACGUCAACAUCAGCACCAAGAGGCUACAGAAGGAUUCUCCGACAGAGUUCAGGGAGAGCGGACACUGCAGUCAGGACUCCAUGCGUGAAGACUCCUUCGUCUCCAGCACGGAUCCCGACCAGAACUCGGAGACGGCCGUUUUCAGCGGCUCCGACAGCGAGACCCAGGGUCCCCCUUCUUCAUCUCAGGACCUCGUGGACCCUCUUCCAAAAUCUGAUUCAGAGCCCUCGCCAACAUCUAAAGAGAAUCAUGUUGACUACACUCUGCCUGAAGUGUGCAACAAUACCUCUGCUGAGCUCCCUUUGGACACAUACAGGCUCUCUACUGUCAGUGAGCCGGUGGAGUCUGUAGAAGAAGAACAUCCAAACUUUUCUCAUGAGACUACAGAGCCUGAACAGGAAGAAGAAGGAACUCCAGAGCCUUCAGUGCAUCCAGGCUCAAGUCGCUCCCUCAGCAUCCUGAGCAGGAAACUGUCCACAGAUUCUCUAUCACAUUCUCGUUCCUGAUCUGAGGAUGACAUCUACAUGCCCCGCCUGGAGGAGGUGCCGGACCAGAGCGAGACGCCUCCUCCUGCCCCCCCGGCUGAGCCCUCUCAGUCCCCCCCCGGCGUCGUCCAUCGCAGACAAAGAGGGCUGUUCAACCCUUUCCGGGGCUUGCUGAAGCUCGGCCACCUGGAGCGGCGCGGUUCGAUGGGAAUGUGGCGCGAUAACUACUGUGAGCUGUCGCCCUACGAGUUCCGGCUGUAUCUCAACGCAGAGGAGCGCACCUGCAGCGACAACUGCUCCCUGCUGCGCUGUGAAGAGGCUCGCAUCGCCUCAUCCGAGGGCCGCUUCGAGGUGGCCUUCCCUGAGCGGCUGUACCUCCGGGCGGCCAAUCGGGACGAAGCCGAGGACUGGGUGGACCGGAUCGUAGAAGCCGUCAAGAAAUGCCGUCCAGCAUCUCGUGCUGACGACCAAUGGGAGGUUCUGGUACCCACCACUGAGAACGGUGUGGAUGCGUUGUCCCCGACCUCCACCCCCUCCAGCCCUGAGCGCACUUCACUAGCCUCUGACACAGGGACAGGGGAGGGGCAGGAGGCGCCUCCUCUACAGGAAUUUGACUGGACUCGGACUGCUGAUAUAGAAACAGAUGCGAUCAAAGAAACAGUUUUGUACUUCUCCAAUGAUCCCGAGGCUCGGACAUGGUCUCCUCUGGUCUUCUCCCUCUCUUUGGAGGCCUUGAAAGGUUUCCGGGUCCAAGAGGGGAGGAAGCUGCUGCGGCAGACCCACCAGAUUGAGGAAAUCCGGGACGUGGUGCCUGACGUCUCUCUGGGAGGGCCGGCCUUUUUCAAACUGCUGACCGUCAGGGACACGCUGAGACUCCGAGCGGAGAACCCGGAGGAGGCUCGCUCCUGGAGGGUUCUGAUCCGCGGAGCUCUGGACUCGUACCUGGAGAGCGGGGAGGACGGAGGCUCCGUUGAGCCAGCUGUGGGGACUGGAAACCUCCACAGACUGGUGCAGCACAGACUCAAAGAAGAUGGAGCCCUGCUUGUUAAUCUGUGCACUGUGCCCUCAGAGAAGGGGCUCGACACUCAGAGCUUCAAGUGCGCAGGGUGUCCUCAGCAAAUUGGCCCGUCCCGAGGCAGAGCCCGGCUUUGUGAGUUCACACGACAGUACUACUGUGACUCCUGUCACCACGGCGACACCAGCAUUAUCCCUUCACGCAUGGUGCACAACUGGGACCUCGAACAAAGAGAGGUGUGUAAGAAGGCCCUGCAUCUGCUGGCUCAGGUGGAGCAGGAGCCUCUGCUGAACCUGGAUCAGCUGAACCCUGAGCUGGUGAAGCACGCAGACCCCAUGUCUGAGGCCCACGUGCUGCGGCAGCUGCGCCUGCUGGGAGACUACCUGCUCACCUGCCGCAGCGGAGCCUGCAAAAAACUCCAGGCCAGAAUGGAGCAGCGGACGUACCUGCUGGAGUCGAGCCAUCUGUACAGCGUGCUGGACCUGCGACAGAUAGCAGAGGGUCAAUAUGCAAACUACCUGUUGACACUGCUGCAGUACGCCUCCAACCACGUGUUCCACUGUGACCUGUGCACGCAGCGCGGCUUCAUCUGUCAGAUCUGCCACGCCAAUGACAUCAUCUUCCCCUUCCAGUUUGACAUCACCACCAGGUGUAAAGAUUGUAAGGCGGUGUUUCACCUGGCCUGCAAAGCUGCGGGGGUUUCGUGUCCUCGCUGUCAGCGGAUGAAGAAAUACCUGGAGAGGGAUCUGCGCUGCGGGUCUGAGUGCUGACGGACAGAACAAUAACUGAAAAUCUAGCUUUCACAUGAAGUAACCUCAAGUGCAAUUAUGAGGGCGAUUGGCCUGACCUAACAGUGGAGGGGGGUGUGUGAGCGACAGUGCUGAAUAGCCAGACUCUCUUGCACUAACUUAGAGUCACAUCGGACCUCUUGAUGCUGACAUAACACAGCCAAAUGUUACUGACUUUAAUACCUCUCUGAAUCCAGACAUGCACGCCACGCCAUCAAAACCAAGGACUGGGCAUCGGUGAGGUGUGCUGCCAAGAAUCAUAUCCAACAUUUGAACACCUUUACUUUGCCUUACAGUGUGGAGAAGAGGGCUGUACCGAAUGUUUUUACAAUUGAUUGUCUUGAUGGAAGAUUCAGAUGUCUGUCACCAAAAAUACGGAAAAGAACGGCUAACAAAAUCAUACAUUUGAAUGAAGUCAAUGAGUAAGACUUUUUUUAUGGAUAUAACGUGUUAGUUUUUCAACAUAAACACAUGUAGGUGUCCAUCCAUCCAUCCAUCUUCUCCCGCUUAUCCGUGGUCGGGUCGCGGAGGUAGCAGUUCCAGCAGAGAGCCCCAAACGUUCCUUUCCCUGGCCACAUCAACCAGCUCUGACUGGGGGAUCCCAAGGCGCUCCCAGGCCAGCAAAGAGAUAUAAUCCCUCCACCUGGUCCUAGGUCUACCCCUUGGUCUCUUCCCAGCUGGACGUGCCUGGAACACCUCCCUAGGGAGGCGCCCAGGUGGCAUCCUUACUAGGUGCCCGAGAAUAAUAGAUUAAGGAAAAUUGAAGUUAACUCUGCAUGAGUUAUCAAUAACUUACUCAUAAUGCUGCUUUUUCACCAAAACACAAGCAGCCUAAAAGAGGCCUAUUAAUAAUAUUAGUGCAUGUAGACUAACUGUAUCUGCAACUGUGCAGAAAUACCAGGUUUAAAACACAUUGGAAUUUUUAUCUGACUGUCAUCGUUAUGGAUGAAGUUUUUAGUAUUCGGUACAGCCCUAGUCGUUCUUCACCAUCAUGUUUACCGGAAAUGCUCCACAGAGCUUUCUGCAUUUGUCUCGGAUGCACAUAUUUAAACACAAUGCAGCAGUGACCGUGGGUACUGAGGAUACAACAUAUGGAAAUCAGCACUUGAAAUGUUCUAAUCAACACAUUUUAAUUGUGCCUUUUUAAUUUAAGCUUUACACUAUUUUCCUUUUCUUUGGUGUUAAACAAGGGGCCAAAAAGCCUCACAUGGGCUAUUCUUUUUUUUUAUCAUAAUGAAAAUGAAUGAUGUUAAUAAUAAUAAUAAAUUGCUGCAUUAGAUUCAGAUUUUGUAUAAUAGUAAAAAAUCAUUAACUCAGAAGACUUUGUGGAAUGUUUCUUUAAGUAUAUUAACUCAGAAAAUUUGAUUUAAAAAUAAUGAUUCCUUCUAAUCUUGCUUGAGUCACACGGACAUAAUUCACAAGGUUGCUGGAGUAAAUACGUCAAAUGAUUAAAUACUACAUGGAUACUGAAGUCACAACCCAUUUUGCAUAUUUGCACCUGGCUAUGACUGUUUUAUCUAGAUUUUAGUUGAAGUAUCUUCUAGCACAUGGAGUUACUUGCUCAAUUUUGAAUAUCUGACUGAUGUACAGUUCACAGAAACGUUUUGCAGAAUCUACAGAGAACACAAAUAAUAACUUGUCCAGUCCAUUUGGAUAUAUUCAGAACAUAUCACUUGCAAGUACAGAAUACUGCAGUACUGUUAUUCCUGUUUCAUGUUUUGUCAUCUCAUUUAAUACGGAUGUAUAAAUGGCCAUCAUGAAACAAAA